AUGUCCAGCAACAUUCCCAUCGAGAUCAUCAUCAAGGUAUUUGCUCUGGCCACUCGGACAAGAGCAAGCGCAGCAUCUUGGAUUACAUUUUCGAGGUGGACAUAUGGAUGGUUCGAAAGUUUGCUAUAUAAAUCCGUAGUUCUUGAGGAUGAAGAAGAGGCUGCACUAUUUCUGCAAUGCCUACGCUGUAGAGACAUGCAUGAGGCAUUCGCAAAGACGUCCAUCAGCGCCAUGUAUCUCGAAGGACACAUCCAGGGCAUCACAGCGAUUCAGAUACUCUCCCUUUGCAAAGGAAUCAAAAACCUUGCAUUGGAGAUCAAAAAUGAGGAUCUUAAGGACUUAUCCUCUCUCCAGCCGGUCCUGGAUGCCCUUCCACUUACCGUCCUUCACAUGCACAUGGGCAUUACCCUGACAGAGGAUUCAGUCACAACCACCGCUUUUUUCUCCCAUCUCACUCAUCUUGAUGUCGACAACAAGGAUAUGCUUCAGCAUGUCCGCUUGGAAUGCUUCCCUCGCCUCACUCACCUUGCUCUGUGGGGGGCCUUGGUAGGCACAGAGCCGAUCAUCGUAUCAUUGAUCAGGCGCCUUCUGGACCAUCCAACACUGGAGGUUCUCAUUUUUCGCGAGCAUCAUAAGCAGUUGGCAUCCUUCCUCGAGUGGAAUUCUAUCCAGGACUCUCGCAUAGUCAUCGCACCGCAAAGCGUAUACAUGUGGGAUGAUUUGGGACGCGCAUCCAUGUUGCUAUGGGAGAUCGCUGAACAGAAGGUGAAUAGGGCCAAGCCAAACCAUCGUAAGUUCGUCCCUGUGGGUAGUUAA